AUGUUUAGCCUACCAUCAUUCAAAAUACCGUCGUUUCUCGGUUCACAGACGGAGAGCGGCUCUCGUGUUGAUAUUGACCCUGUGGAGAUCCAUAAUGUCGAGACCGCGGCAGAUAAGCGGCCCAGAACAUUGAAGCAUCUCUUGAAGGCCAAUCACGUCAACCACUCAAUCAUCUAUCACAACCUCACCUUUCACAAUCACACACCUCACAUUUUGGGAUCGGCCUAUAUUCUAGGCGGGACGUCUGAGCACUUGAAUGCAAUCUAUGAAAAGGAGGAUGGAGAGCUCGAACCCUGGAAAGAUUCUCCCGGAGAAAUAUCACAAGACGAUUGGAGAGAGUUCUUAGGGCGACGAGAGUAUGGAAAUCGCCAGUAA